GAGUGUUAAUUCUCCUCUGUAGAGACUCUGUGGCGCUGCAGUUUCUACACGGACAGUAAAGCCGGGGACACUCAGUGACAGGCUCGGGAUCAGCUGUCAGAGAUCAGACAGCGCUGCUGGAUCUGUGAUCACCGGCUGUAUCUGUAAUAACUAAUGUGAAUCAGAGGGACAGUCAGAGCAGAGCUGCCGGGGCUGAUAUGUGCGCUGGGGCGGGGAUGUGCUGUGGUUCAGGGGGUGUGCUGGAGCUCCGGUGUGGAGGAUAAAGCGGAAGAUGUAUUUGGCAGAUUUCCUCGCCGGAUCUGUUGGAGGGGGGUUUGGAGUAGCAGUUGGAUAUCCUCUCGACACUAUAAAGGUCAGAAUACAAACACAGAGAAAAUACACCGGCGUUUGGCACUGCAUUCGCACAACAUGCAGAAACGAAGGGGUGUACGGUUUCUACAAGGGCAUGUCCAUGCCGAUGACCACAGUGUCCGUCAGCUCGUCUGUGGUCUUUGGCACAUACAGAAAUGUGCUUCAGCUCCUUCGUCAGUUGCGUUCUAAAAGUGAAGGAGCUCCAAAUGCCAAGUUGGACAUAUUUCUGGCAGGUUUUACUGGAGGAGUUGCACAGGUUUCAGUGAUGUCACCUGCAGACAUUGUAAAAGUGCGUCUCCAGUGUCAGACCGAGCCACGUGAAGGGUCAGCCACCAAAUCUCGGCCUCGAUACAGGGGGCCUGUGAACUGCCUCUGCACCAUUGUUCGUGAGGAGGGUUUCCUGGGCCUGUAUAAAGGAGCCGGUGCCCUGGCCUUGCGAGAUGGUCCUUCUUUUGCCACCUACUUCCUUGUGUAUAACACUGUCUCUGAAUGGCUGUCUCCUGGCAAAAGUAGUCAACCAGCUGAAAGAAAGCCAGAUUGGAAGGUGGUGAUGUUCGCCGGAGGAUUAUCAGGAAUGUGCGGCUGGUGCAUCGGGACCCCCAUGGAUGUGAUUAAGGCCCGCUUACAGACUGACGGCAUGGGCAAGAAGCGGUACCAUGGAUUCUUCCACUGUAUAAGAGAAAGUGUGCGGACUGAGGGACCAGGCAUUCUUUUCAGAGGUCUUUUUCUCAACUGUAUACGUGCCUUUCCUGUUAACAUGUCUGUGUUCGUUAUGUAUGAACUGGUACUUAGUUUGCUAAGAACAGAGUCAUAAUCAGUUCUCAAACAUCAGUGUCAUAGAUGUUAUAAUUAAUGGUACAUAUCAUUUUUUAUAGAUACUUUAACACUGUAGUCACACUAAAGUCAUCAGUGGUUAAAUAUACCUUAUAUAUUAGGUCACCAAAAUCUACACUGAUAUAUGAUACAGAUUUGAUCAGAAUAAGUUAUUUUAAAAUGAAAAUAAUAACGAUAAUAAUAAUAAUAAUAAUAAUAAUAAUAAUAAUCUGUUACACAAUAAUAUAGAACUUUAAAUGUAUUUGCACACUUGAAGCACAGCCCUGUAUCAAAUAAGCGCACUGUAUUUUUCGUACUAUAAGGCGCACCGGAUUGUAAGGCGCACUAUUUUUAAAGUCGAAUGAGUGCUUGAUGUUAAUCUACACAGACUUCUCUCCUAAAAAGUGAGUAAAGAGCUUUCAUUUAUUUACAGUAAGCGUAGGUUCCCAGAUUUCCACUUACACUGGCCCAACAGCGCUACACUGAGGAACCCUGAGUGUUCCGGUACGUCAGGGCAAUAUUAGCUAGCGGUUUGUACCACGUAGCUUGUUUUAACACAGUAAACACGCAGGCUACAGUCCAAUAUACUCACCUCUAAAUGGCAAAAGAGCUAACUCUUAGCGUGGUUAGCAGGUAAUGCUAAUGUGACUCCAGCAGUGCUAGCCGGGAUUAGCAGCAAGCUACAGGCCGAUAAUACUCACCUCUGAACAGUAAAAGGGCUAGCACUUAGCGUGGUUAGCAGCUAAUGCUAACACUGAAAUUCCUGUAUAACACUGUACUUCAGCGGAGUGGCUUCCUUAAUACCUGACUGGUAAAAUUCAUACAUAAGGCGCUCUUAUGAUUUUUGGAAAAAUUCAAAGAUUUUAAGUGUGCCUUAUAAUGCCAAAAAUGUGGUACAAAAAUAUUAAUGAAUAUUAUUAACAAAUGCUUAUUUUUGGUGAAAAAACAUGGAAAUAAUAAAAAAAAACAUUUAAAUGAUUUCAUAUUGCUAGGUUAAUAAUAAAACCAGGUCACUAAAAUAAAGCAACAAGCCAUUAAACAAGAUUGUCUUGUUUAAGAUCGAAUGUCAGUCAAACUAAUUUCUUCAUGUACUAACAAGUAGGUGUUCAAAAUAUUUUUAAAACUACUUUAAGAAAGACUACAAUUAGUAAAGCCUUUAUAUAUAAAUUAUAGAUUUGUAUGUAAUUAUAUAUAAAUAAUCUUAAUUUUAAACCUUGUGUGUCAAAAACCUUAAACUUUAUAUAAACCUUAAAUAAUAAUAAUUAGGCCUAUUUCAGUGUAGCUUAUGGCUAUAGCUGAAAGUUAGAAACAAAACUGGAUUUUUUUUUCUUUAGUCUGUUUGUGUAAAGUUUACAUAGAUGUGCAGUAUGAACAACCUUUAUGAGAUAGCACAUCGAACUUUAACUGGAUCAGUAGCAAUAUUUGAUUUAAUAAAUAUAUAGGUAGCAACAGCAUAUACAUUCCACAAGGUCUCUCUCUCUCUCUCUCUCUCUCUCUCUCUCUCUCCACAUGCGCACAAGUGUACAGAAUAUUUGACAUGCUGUGGUGCUGUUGAAAUGUACAACUAUUCUUUCUAAAGUGCAGUGUUCAUAUGUUCAUACUAUUUUAGAAGAUGUGUUUUAAAUAUGUUAAAUAUUCAAAUAUUUGUUGUGCUAAGCCUUCCUUCAGUUAACUUUAAAGUGUGCUUAACAAACAUACAUUAUAAGAAUACACACUUUGGUUUUAAGGAAGACAGAAAAGAUGUUUUCUCCUUAAUUUUAAGUUAACCCAGAUAAUUUCUUUCAAAAAUGUCAGAGUUACUGAUUUCUUUAAAUUACAUAUCAUUCAACUAAACUGUCUAGCUUGCUAACUGACGAACUUUACCUAAAGCUAGUUAGCUGCAGUUGUGCAACAUCAGGUCAAUAUUCAGCUGACUUGGCUUCAAUCAGUCAAAAAAAAUGUUAAUUAUGCCAUGUUAUCUCCUGUGUCUGAAAACACCCAGUACUAUGUCCUCACUGGGUUUCUUUCAGGUUAAUUAUUCAACCACAGUUAACGUUUAAAGAUAGACAGCAGGUUUCUAUUAUAAAAAAACGUUAUAAUGCUGUGGUAUGAUUAAUGAUUAUCAACAAAAUAAUUUUUAAAGCAUAUCGAGGACAUCGCCAGUGUUUAAAAAAAACACUGACCCAACUUUACAUCUAAUUACAGACAGUAUUAUUAGUCAUGAUUAAUUAGAUGAACUGCAGUAUACUUAGAAAACAAGUGUUUUUUUUUACAGAUGCAUUUUGACAGAAAUGCGUUUUGGAAUUUUGCUUGUUUUUUUUUUUUUUUUUGCAUGCAUCUUGUACAAGUCUCAUCAGGCACUGCACAAGAGAGGCUGUAUGGGAGGGAAAUGCAAAAAAAGACUUUUCUGAGCACACGCCACAAACAGAGUCGCUUGAGGUAUGCUAAAGCUAGACCAGUGUUCAUCUGCUAUAUGAUGUAUUUAACUGAAUUUGCUGAUACGAACAAAUAAUGAUUAAUAAAGGCAAAUAAUCAAAAUGA